CUGCACUUCUGUGUCUGUGUCAUUCUUGGUCUCCAGAUCUGAAAUUAUGUGUGUUCCAUCUACUAGUCUCUUCAACCUUCUACCUAGAUAAAAGAUUUGCAGUACCAGCUGCGGCGUGCUGCAAACAGAUGCAGGUUAACAGUUGUGACUCAUUCUCUGAUAGGCUGUCAGUAAUUGGUUCAUCAGUGUGGCCCCCCGCAAUAUAGACCCUCCUUUCUGUAUGACAAAACAAGAGAAAGGAAAACACUUACACACAGUUGACAGCUCACACACAGAUACCCAAGAAUGACCGUCCCUCGUGUUUGGAUUUGUCUGUUCGUGUGGACAGCAGCGGCCACGCUGACCACCUCAAGAGCGAUGUCAACCAUUCUCUACACCAAAGUCAAUGGCUCGGAGACUCUUACCUGUGAAUGUCCGGAUCACACGUGCCAGGAGGUGUUCUGGUACAGAUAUCUCGAGAAGAAUAACAGUUUUGAGUUUCUUCUGUAUUUCAACAGCGCUGGCUCCGAAAAAUACGAAAACAUUGCAAAUAAACAUCGCUUUAGGGGCUCUGUGUCAUCAGGACAUAUGAUUUAUACCCUCCGUAUCACAGGACUACAGAUGGAUGAAGCUGGUCUCUAUUCCUGCAUGUUUAAAAUAAAGAACACGAUUCCUGAUGGAUAUUAUAUUAGACCUGGAGUGAACCCUCCAACGCUUCAUCCACCAACUGUCAAGCCUGAAAAGCCCAACCGGUCGUGUAGACCAUGUAAACCUUUUCCUCCUAAAGGCUGUAAGAGCUCUGUGCUUUGGCCGGGCAUCGGUGCUCUUCUGCUGUUGGCUGGUAUUCUUGCGGGCACACUUUUCUACUUCAGUCGUCUACCUAAGAAGUGCCGACAUCAAUUUGCUAAAACAAAUCAAUUGCGAUGAGGAUGCAGUUCAAGUACUUUGCCUCAAAAUAUUGUACAGUUGUUGUCUUUGUUUCGGGAAACAAUGUUAUCACAGGAUAUUAUAAAUGGAUUAUAAUCUGUAAAGAUGAUUGUUCCGUCCAGUUUGCAUUAUGACUUUUGCAAAUUCCAUGAGCUCUAAAAUUGUGUUCAAUCCCAGAGUCAAGUUUUAGGGAGGCAUAGUUCACUCAAAAAUCAAUUUUGUGUCAUUCCAAAGAUGCAUGCAAGUCCUUCUUCUGCACAACAGAAAAUAAAAUAUGUUGGAGAAUGUUAUUGGUUGAUAACCAAACAGCAUUCGUCCCCAUUGACUUCCAUUGUCACUUCUCAAAAUAUCUUUUUAUAGAAGAAAGAGUCAUAAACAAAUGUGACCCUGGACAACAAAACCAGUCUUACGGGUACAUUUUUUAAAUCAAUAUUUUUACAUCAUUUGAAAGCUGAACAAUUAAGCUUUCUAUUGAUGUAAAGGUUGUUAGGAUAUGAUAAUAUCUGACGGAUAUAUAACUGUUUAAAUCUCUGGAAUCUGAGGGUGCAAAAGAAUCAAAAUAUUGAGAAAAUUGCCUUGGAAGUUGUUCAUAAGAGGCACUAUUACUGGUCAUCCACUCACAAAAAUAAAGUUUUGAUAUAUUUAGGGCAAGAAAUUGACUAAAUAUCUUCAUGGAACAUGAUCUUUACUUAAUAUCCUAAUUAUUUUUGGCAUAAAAGAAAAAGCAAUAAUUUUGACCCACACAAUGUAUUUUUGGCCUUAACUUAAAAUGUUCCUGUGCUACAUAAGACCCGUUUUGUGAUCCGGGGUAACAAAUUUGGAGUGAUGUGAAAUAAUGACUCAAAAUAUUUUUUCAGUAAACAAUCCAUCUAGCCCUGUUUCUAUAAUCUUUAUUGAACUAAGUUCAGUUCUUGAUUGUAAAAGCAUAUAGCUUUUCAUUCUUAUCAGAACCAUCACCGCAUGUAGAUUUUGUAAUUAAAUGUACAGUUUUCUCAUUUAAGAAUAUUGCAUGUAUUGUAUACCUUCUUUUCUCUUUAAACUGUAAAUAAAUGAUCUUAAAUACC